AUGGUGGCGGUUCGUGCUUGCCGCCGGAAAGGUCACAAGAUGGACUUUGCAGGCUUCAUGGACGCCAUCGCACCGCUGUUGACAGCUGCCGAGCCGACCCAGGAAAGUGUGAGAAGAGCCUGGCGCUUGUUGGAUGAGAACCGUAAGGGCCACCUGGACAUAGAGGAUCUGAGCCGGGCUGUGCAUAAUUUCGGCCUGGAACUAUCCGUGGAGGAGCUCCGAGACAUGGUCGCGUAUUGUGAUGGCAACGGCAGUGGCGAGAUCACCUUCGAUGAGUUCUACCAGAUGCUGUCCCGCAACCAAUGA